UAAGACCUUUUCUUUUCACUAUAAAAAUUUAUUUUAUGAAUAGCACUCGUUCGUGUCGCGAGGUUUCGAUCGUUCUUAUCCGAUAGAGAUCGAGAGGGAGAGCAAUGGAUCCUUAUAAGCAUCGCCCAUCCAGCAACCACAACUCACCCUUUUGGACAACCAACUCUGGUGCUCCAAUCUGGAACAACAACUCCUCACUCACUGUUGGACAUCGAGGUCCUAUUCUCCUAGAGGAUUAUCAUUUAAUUGAGAAGCUUGCCCAGUUUGAUAGGGAGCGUAUUCCAGAACGUGUUGUUCAUGCCAGGGGAGCAAGUGCCAAGGGCUUCUUUGAGGUGACUCAUGAUGUUUCUCACCUUACAUGUGCUGAUUUCCUUAGAGCACCUGGGGUCCAAACUCCAGUUAUUGUUCGAUUUUCCACCGUUGUACAUGAGCGUGGGAGCCCUGAAACCCUGAGGGACCCUCGAGGUUUUGCUGUGAAGUUCUACACAAGAGAGGGGAAUUUUGAUCUUGUGGGGAACAACUUCCCAGUGUUCUUCAUUCGUGAUGGAAUGAAGUUCCCUGAUAUGGUUCAUGCUUUCAAACCGAAUCCAAAGUCCCAUAUCCAAGAGCACUGGAGGAUUCUUGAUUUCUUCUCACAUCACCCAGAGAGUUUGCAUAUGUUCACUUUUUUGUUUGAUGAUGUUGGCAUCCCAUUGAACUACAGACAUAUGGAUGGUUCCGGGGUGAACACAUACACUCUUAUCAAUAGAAAUGGAAAAGUUCAUUAUGUUAAGUUUCACUGGCGACCUACCUGCGGAGUGAAGUGCUUGCUGGAUAAUGAGGCUGUGAAUGUUGGAGGCAGCAAUCACAGUCAUGCCACUAAGGAUCUUUAUGACUCUAUUUCCACUGGAAAUUAUCCAGAGUGGAAACUCUUCAUUCAGACAAUGGAUCCUGACCAUGAAGAUCGCUUUGAUUUUGAUCCACUUGAUGUCACCAAAACUUGGCCAGAGGACAUCUUACCUCUUCAGCCAGUGGGACGCUUAGUUUUGAACAAGAACAUCGAUAACUUCUUUGCGGAGAAUGAGCAGCUCGCCUUCUGUCCAGCAAUUGUGGUGCCUGGCAUCUAUUAUUCAGAUGAUAAGCUACUCCAGACCAGAAUAUUCUCCUAUGCAGAUACUCAAAGGCAUCGCUUGGGACCAAACUAUCUGAUGCUUCCUGUAAAUGCUCCCAAGUGUGCUCAUCACAACAACCAUCAUGAUGGUUUUAUGAAUUUUAUGCACAGGGAUGAGGAGGUGAACUACUUCCCGUCGAGGUAUGACAGUGUUGGACAUGCCGAGGAGUUCCCAAUACCACCUCCCAUUCUCAAUGGGAAGCGUGAGAAGUGUAUUAUCCAUAAGGAGAACAAUUUCAAGCAAGCCGGAGAGAGGUACCGGUCCUGGGCUCCUGACAGGCAAGAGCGUUUUGUCAAUCGCUGUGUUGAUGCAUUGAGUGACCAGAGAGUUACUCAUGAGCUUCGCAACAUCUGGAUUUCAUAUUGGUCUCAGUGUGACAAGUCUCUUGGUGAGAAACUGGCAAAUCAACUCAGUAUGAAACCAAGCAUGUAAAAUAAUGAAUUUCAAGAAGAAAAACAGUGGCUGGUUUGUGAAGAAAGUCAGAAGAACUCCUAAAUCAUGUUCUCUCUUCUUCUCAUUUUGAGUCCCUUGUUUAAUAAAGAUAUCUAAGCUAUAUUGUUAAUGGCCUGUGGUUUGGUCCAGGGAGGGCAAGGUACUAAAAGCUCUAUAAAAAAAUUAUUUUUU